AUGUUGAUUAUUUGGCUUUAUAGCAUUUUUUUAGCUAAUUUAAUUAAGGUUUUAGCAGUUGACGUCGAUCCAUGGAAUAAUAUCACAAAUACAAUUGACUUGUAUUCAGACACGCUUCAGCCUGAUUAUUUCCACGUUAAUAAUACUGUUUUAGAUGAGUGUCAAUUGCAUAUAAGGAGGAGUUAUUCUUUAGAGAGAGAGAAACAAGAAUUUGAUAAAUUUUGGGCAUCCUUGGACCCUGAUUCUCUACAUUCGAGUUUUUAUAAUGAUCUGGUAAUCUCUAGUGAUAAAUAUCAAAAUCCAAAUGCUACUUAUAUGUUGGCUCAAAUCCAUCUAUAUGGUGAUUAUGGGUUCCCACAUAAUAAGUCCUUAGGUUUCCAUUAUUUGGACAAGUUUAAUAAUUUAACAGAUUAUCAAAAUGCAACUGCAUUAUUUGAUAUGGGUGUACUUUAUACAACAGGUUUGCUGGGUACAACCGAAAUAGAUAUACCCAAGGGUUUAGCAUUUUUUGAGAAAGCAGCUGAUUCAGGUGAUUUAAGAGCUAAACAAGCUUUAGCUUAUAGAUAUUUAGUAGGGAUGAAUGUACCAAAAGAUUGUGGCAAAGCUUUGUUUUUAUAUAGGCAAUUGGCAGAACAUAUUUUUGAAAGAUUCACUCCAGAAGAAUGGUCAAUUGAAUUCCCUCCUUUAGAAUCCUAUAAUAUUAGGGUAUCCGAUUUGGAUGGCGGUUUAUUAGGCGAAGGUCUAAAUAGGAUCACAAGUUCAAUCAAAAGAUCAGCCUCAAAGAGACCUGAUUUGUUCUCCAUAUACUAUACUCAAAUGAACGAAGGGAAAGUUUAUUUAUCUUUCAAUUCAGAUGAAUCUGUCCUAGGUUCAAAUGAUGACGAUGUGUUGGAUAAAUUGGUUGAUAGUUAUUACACUGCAUUGGAUUUAUUCAAAGGAACAUACAACACUAGAAGGACUCCGGAAAUGGCAAGAUUGUUAUUAGAAUCUAUUUUUGAAGAAUUUGAUUCAAGUGUAGCUUCGAUGGAUAAUCUACAGGCACAUUUUUAUGGAAGAUGUGUGGAUCUUUUAGGCCACAUAUAUCUAACUGGUGAAGGUUUACCAUCGUCGGAUGCAAAUACUGCUGAAACAUAUUUGAAUCGCUCUUUACAAGUUGUGGAAAACCUAAGCUCUAUAUUUACAACUACGAAUAAAGAUUUAGGAUUGAUUCAUCAGUACAAAUAUGGUAAUAUUACAAAGGCUGUUCAAUAUUAUAAAAAGAUAUUUAACAAAUGGGGAAGUGCUGGUGGGCCCGAUUAUCAAUUGGCAAAACUAUCAAUAGAACAUCCGGAGAUGAAACUAGGAAACCCGCUGGUUUUAAUGCAACAGGGUCAUAUGAGAGGUUAUUUGCCAUCUACCUAUGAAUUUGCCAGUAUGUUAGAAAAUGGUAUUAAUGACAACUAUAACAUUGAAGAUACUGCUCUGGUAUAUAAGUUAUUUGUGGAAUCCAACGAUUGGUUGAUGGCACCCAGAUUAAGGGAUACAUACGCCAGACUAUUACUUGGUGACACUGAAUCAGCACUUUGGGGAUAUGCUGUAGCAGCCGAACAAGGUUAUGAAUCGGCUCAAGUUUCAGCAGCUUAUAUCAUGUAUAAGCAACCAAAUUUAUAUGGAAAAUCUACUGAAUUGUUAGCCACAAGAAAAAGAUUAGCAGUGACGUAUUAUGCUAGAGCUUUUAGACAACUAAAUAUUGAUGCAGGUGUAAUUGCCGGUAAUUUAUAUUUUGAAAUGGGUGAUUAUCCUAGGGCAUUAACAUCAUACCAAUCUGCAGCAUUGAAGUACUCUCCAAUGGCAUUAUGGAAUCUAGGAUAUAUGUAUGAGAAUGCAUUAGGAGUUGAGAAAGAUUAUCAUCUUGCCAAGAGGUUCUAUGAUGAAGCAUUGACAUUUGACCCUAAUAUUUUAUGGGGUGUAAAAUUCAGUCUACUGCAACUGCAAAUUAAAUCCUGGUAUUAUUGGCUAAUCCGUUCUGAAGAAACUACCAUUGCCGGUGCUCAGUCAUCAAGCAUUGUUAAGGUCUUACCAUUCUACAAACAAUUGAUCAAUUUAUUCAGAUACUCAGGUAGCGAUAGUCUUUCCAAGGAUAAAGUCGAUAAAGUUACUUCAAAUACCCAGCAACAAUCUGCAGAGACCGCAUUUUUGGGUAGAUUCUCUAGUCUCUUUAUCAUUGUGACGGUAAUAUGUAUCCAAUAUGUCAUCAGAUUUGUGUUAGCGAUCCGCCAAGGAAGAGCACAUGUUAGGGCUGAGCAACCCGAACCGGCUCAUAUCAAUGAAGAGUGA